AUGUGGGAAAGGCGCUUUUUACCGCCCGAGCCGCAAGGCCCGCUCGCGUCUGUGGCGGCAGACCUCCUUGUCGUGCACGGCAUCUGCCCCCCGCUCUCCGCGCCUCUCACCUUGAACUGUUUUCUCUCUUCUCCCGUCUCUUCGCCUCGCUCUCUCGCGCGUCGCCGCUCGUCUCUUCCGCCGACAGAGGCGCAGACUCCGCCGAGCAGUGGAAAGGCGCCGAUCGCUGCGUUGUUUUCUUCGCCGCGUCUCUCUCUCGCCGUAUCGCCUUCGCGUCUCCAAAGUCUACCUGCGUCUUCUCCCUUCACCGACCUCGACGUACCGAGCUGCAUCUCAGGGCACAGCGAACGCCAGACAAACGCCACCGCGCCUCUCUCUUCCUCUCCUUUCUCGCCUUCCUCUCCUUUCUCGCCGUCCUGUCCUUCUUCUUCGGGUCUUGAUCUGCGGAGCAUUUGCUCGUGCUGUUGCGGUCGUCGUGAAGCGAGGGAAGAGCGAGAGCGUGCAUCGCUCUCUGGUUCUCGGUUUUUUCAGGAUGAGGAGACGCUUGAGAGGAAGAGCGGGAAUGUUUUGCUGCAUCAGCCGCAAGCAGGAGACGUUUCUCGCACGCAACCUUCGGGAGGCGACGGAGACGACUGCGGGAGAGAGCAGCGAGAAAGACAGCGAGCGGACCGCCUCGCAUUUCUCUCGCGCGGUUCGUGCGCGUAUCCGCAGGAGGGGAGUCUCUUCUUCGCCUCUCACAGGCCGCGGAGCGAGCGCAUCGUUUGCUGCAUCUGGACAAAACGCGACGGCGAAGAAGGGUGCUGCUGUCGACGCCGCAACGCCGCAGAGGCAGCUCGCAUGUUCGAGAGCGCGUGUGCGGCCGAGGAGGCGCAUGGGGAAGAACGCGAGCAAGAGCACAGGGAGGAAGAAGCGCAGACGCCCUUCACAGACGAACGCUGCGCUGCACACUCUGCCCCGCGUCGUCCCUCGUCCUCUCUUCAUGCUGUCCUAAGUGGUGGAACCACGGAAUCCGAACGCCGCUGUACAUACACCCGGGAAGCGCGGAGCCGCAGAGCGGAUCGAGGACCGUGGAAGAGACAAAAAGAAGGGAGAGAAGAAGAGGGAAACGAGGAGGACAGAGAAGAAGAAGAGGGAAACGAGGAGGACAGAGAAGAAGAAGAGGGAAACGAGGAGGACAGAGAAGAAGAAGAGGGAAACGAGGAGGACAGAGAAGAAGAAGAGGGAAGCGAGGAGGACAGAGAAGAAGAGGGAAACGAGGAGGACAGAGAAGAAGAAAGAGGAGAAAGACGAGAAAGAGACGGAGCAAGUUUUCGAGAGGCGAUUGAAAGCUGUUCCACGGAGGGACGUUGCUGCACGCGCCGCAUGCAAGAAAAGCGAUGGAGUGUGACACUACACCAGCAACUGAGAGAGGAGGGCGUCUCUGCUUUGCUCUGGUUCCCGGUUCUCCAGGACGCGGCGCCUCACCUCUUUGUCGGGUUCAACAGCGCAGCCGAGGAGAUCGUCGCCGUGGCCACAGCUGGGGCCCUCCGCCGAGCCGUCUUCUCUCCACGUCGGUCUCCGCCUCCGCGCUCAGAGGCCGCGCCGGAGGCUGAAAGACACGGAGACACUAGGGGCGAGGCAGGGCGCGGCGGCCUCGAAAGUUCCUCCGAGAGACAGCGAGAGAGGAGAGAAGAGAGCGGAGACGAGACAGACGAGAGAAAAGACGAGGCAGAAGAGAGACAACGAGAUACGUGCGCCGAGAGUGCGGUGGAGCGUGUCUUCCUUAGGUGCGGAGCAUCAAUAAAACAGAAGAAGAGGGAAACAGAGAGGCACGAAACGCUGAAAAGUGCACUCCGGGAGAGUUCUUGA